GUUUACGUGCCUGUAUUUACACUCUCACCGAGAAACAAGAUCUGUGGGUGGGAGCUCGCCAUGCGCCACCUUUCGCUGCUCGCCGCCGUCCUGCUGGGUGGGCUGGGCUCGCAGGGUGCCAACAUCCUGGCGCCCCUCUGGUUCUCGGCCCCCAGUCACUUCGUCAUGUUCGACCGUCUAUUGUCGGCGCUGGCGGAGAAGGGCCACAACGUGACGGUGCUCAGCUACUUCCCAAGGAAGGCGCCUCUGCACAACUACCACGACAUUGCACUGCACAGGGACGAAUGGCCCCACCUCAGGGGAGAAUCACCGGACAUGAUCCCUGCGCUGCGGUCAAUCGUGCGGGGCUACGCCUCCAGCUGGCUGGGCAACGUGGAAGGCUGCAGGGAGGCGCUGUCGCAGCCCCAGACGCGGCAACUGGUGCGCUCCGGCGGCCGCUACGACCUGGUCAUCACCGACAUCCACUUCACAGACUGCACGGCUGCCUUCGCGCACCACCUGGGCGCGCCGCUAAUCAACGUCGCCACCAGCUUCCCCUUCUCCUGGACACACGACAGGGUGGGGAACCCAGACCACCCAGCGUACACGGAGUCGUUCAAUUCAGACGCCAUUGCACCAUUCACAUUCUGGCAGCGUCUGAAGCACUCGCUGGCAUAUGUUUACACACGUCUGGGCUACCGCUGGUUGUCGGAAAGGCAGGUGGACGCCUUGGUGCAUGACGUCUUUGGUCCAGGAGUGCCGCCUACGCACCAGAUUGUGCGCAACGCCAGCCUUGUGCUGCUCAACACCCACUGGAGCAUCGACCAAGUCAUCCCCAGGGUGCCUGCCCUCAUAGAAGUUGCUGGUCUGCAUGUUCCAGAGCCCAAACCUCUGCCACAGGAAAUUCAGAAAUUCAUGGACAGCAGUCCGGCAGGCGUGGUGUACUUCAGUCUCGGCACCAAGAUCCGUGCGGAUUGGUUCUCCUCGGAGAAGUUGCGGGCGUUGCUGGACACGUUCUCCAGGCUGGAGCAGCGCGUGCUCUGGAAGGUGGACGCCUCCGGCCUGCCGCCGCUGCCGGACAACGUCAAAGCGACCACGUGGCUGCCGCAGAACGACGUGCUCAACCACCCUAAGACGCGUGUGUUCAUCACUCACGGCGGUCAGAUGAGCAUGGUGGAGGCGACGAUGGCCGCCGUGCCGGUGCUGGCCAUCCCGUUCGGCGGUGACCAGGUGGCCAAUGCGGCGAGGGCGGCCAGGAGGGGCACCGGCCUGCUGCUGGAGUACCAGGACCUCACGUACGACACGUUCAGCUCCGCCCUGGACGCGCUGCUCAACGAUGCCAGGUAUCGUGAGCGCGCCAAACAAGUGUCGCAGCUGUUCCGGGACCGACCACGACCUCCGAUGGAGGAGGCUGUCUACUGGGUGGAGUACGUCAUCAGGCACCAGGGGGCGCCGCACGUGAGGUCCGCCGCGCUGGACCUGGCCUGGUACCAGUACCUGCUGCUAGACGUCGCUGCCUUCGUGGUGGCGGCGGUCGUCUUCUCUGUGGCGCUGCUCUUCUUUGGUGCACGGGCGCUGCUGAGGUGCUGCACGCCGAGGAGGGUCCCAGCUAACAAAAAGAAGACCAAAUGACUUUGCGAACGGCUGCGCAAGUUGUAAAAAAUGUGUGAAGCCAAGGUGGUCUAUUCUGCAAGUCACAUAUGAUAAAGGGACAUAAUUAAGGGGAACAUAACUACUGUACAGUGGAAAGUAAGCAUCUUUGGAUGGCGUCUUUGUACAUUCUGGCAGCCUCAAAUAACAUAAUUAU